AUGGUGAGUGAGGAGAAGAAGCAGAAUCCUCAGCAGGAAGAUUCUGAGCAAGUGGCACCACAUGGGGCAUUAUCGCACGGCUCCAGAGGGAAUGUGUCCCGGCAUCGUGUGCAGGGCAAAGCCUGUGAGAGUCAGCACAGGCCAGAGAAGGAGCAGAGAAACCAGCCAGCGGAGAAAGUGGGUAACUCCAUUAAUUGUCAGGGAACUCACCAGGACCUCCUGGAAACCACAGCCCAGCCGAGAAUACCCACAGGAGAGAGAAAUAACACAUGCACUGAAUGUGGAAAACAUUUCACUAACCACUCAGGCCUUUUAAAACAUGAGAGAAUCCACACUGGAGAGAGGCCCUAUGGAUGCAGUGUGUGUGGGAAAAGCUUCAGUCAGAGCAUUCACCUUACUCGACAUCACAGGAUCCACACAGGAGAGAGACCCCAUGAAUGCAGUGAGUGCGGGAAAACCUUCACUCUGAGCUCUACCCUUAUUAACCAUCAGAGGAUCCACACAGGAGAACGACCGUAUAAAUGUAGUGAGUGUGGGAAAAAGUUCACUCAGAGCUCAGGUCUUGUUAAACAUCAGAGGAUCCACACAGGAGAGAAACCUUAUGAAUGCUGUGAGUGUGGGAAAAGCUUCACCGACAGGUCAGACCUUAUUAAUCAUCAGAGGAUCCACACAGGAGAGCGACCCUAUAAAUGUAGUGAGUGUGGGAAAAAGUUCACUCGGAGCUCAGGUCUUCUUAUGCAUCAGAAGAUCCACACAGGAGAGAAGCCCUACAAAUGCUGUGAAUGUGGGAAAAGCUUCAUUCAGAGCUCAGCCCUUAAUAAACAUGAGAGGAUCCACACAGGGGAGAGAACCUACGAAUGCUGUGAGUGCGGGAGAACCUUCAGUCAGAGCUUUCACCUUAUUCGACAUCACAGAUUGCACACAGGAGAGAAACCCUACGAAUGCAGUGAGUGUGGGAAAAGCUUCACUCAGAGCUCAGCCCUUAAUAAACAUCAGAGGAUCCACACAGGGGAGAGACCCUAUGAAUGCUGUGAGUGCGGGGAAAGCUUCUCUGUAAAGUCAGACCUUAUUGAACAUCAGAAUAUCCACAUGGGAAAGAUACCUCAUCAGUGCUCUGAGUGUGGAAAAACUUUCACACAGAGUUCAUCCCUAAAUGCACAUCAGAGGAUCCACACAGGAGAGCGCCCCUAUGAGUGCUGUGAGUGUGGGAAACUGUUCAGGCAGAAAUCAACCCUAAUUACACAUCAGGCAAGGCAUACAGGAGAGAGACCCUAUCAAUGCUGUGAGUGCGGGAAAGGCUUCAGUGUGAGCUCAGACCUCAUUGUACAUCAGAGAAUUCACACGGGAGAGAGACCUUAUAGAUGCUCUGAGUGCGGGAAAAGUUUCACCCGGAGCUCACCCCUUAAAAGACAUCAGAGUGUUCACAGGAGAGAGAGACAGCAUAGAAACUCUGUGUAGGGCGGAGAAAAGAUUAAAACAAAACAAAACACAUUUGCUAAUUCCCACAUAGUGACCUUGCGGUUUGUUUGCACCAUUUGUGUCACUCAGUUCUCUCAGCUGCCUCGUGUGUUGCCCAUUUGUGCCUUUUACAGGUCGCCCUUCACUGGGGUGAGUCCCAUGCUCCUUUCCCCCAACUCCUUUCUCUUGUGAGUCAUGGGAGUGUGUGUCCUUCCAGCAAGGCGUUUCCAUCAGCCCCAGGUGGGGGAAAUUGGGGUGAACACAAGUCUCCUCACUAAGUGAGAAUGGACAUGGGGUUUGUCUUCUGCUCUAGGAUUUCCCUUGGUGUCGGCGUGCUGGAGGUAGCGAUCCUGAUGUAAACACACCGCUAUGUUUGCAGUGCUGACAUAGCCCGGGCACAGGGUUUAGGGUUAGCUGGCAUCUUCCCCUUUGGCCUGUCCUAAUGGACACCCAUUUUCCUGGUCUGUACAAUCCCUGAGCAUCACGUUUAUACUGUCACCCCAGUAGCAGAGCGAUUGUUAGUCACCAAGUUCCCCCUUUACUGACAAAAUGUCUCCUUCCCAGUUGUGCUCACGCUGGUCCAGGUGGUGCUGGGCAGCAGGUAUUUGUACUUUUAUCAGUUUCCUUAUUGACAAUAGAUUUCAAUAUAACAAAGAGGAGAAGCAGAAGUGGGACAGAUGGAUCAUUUCAGCCUCUGCGACUCCGGAAGGAAAUGGGGUGAGUUGGAGGGAUUCCCCCCUUCCCCAUCACCGUCACUAUAUCUGCUGACUCAAGCAGCAUUGGCCUGUGUCUGAGGCACAGUGGAGUUUCUCCACCUCUAUUCUACCCCCAGAGCGUCUCUGCAAUUAGUAUCAAUUUGAUCCUAAAUCUGACUCAUUAGAGCUGGCAAUGAAAGUGUCCCAGACCUGGUGGAUCCCAAACACUGUGACAUCAUUCUGAGUUUAAAUCCCAGUUGCUGUCUAUUGACAAAGCCACUUCCGGACUUUUUCCUGCUGAUUUGGGAUUCUUUGCAGAUGAGGUGGUCGGCAGUUUUUCCCUAUUACGAUGAUGCUUCCCCCCGCCCCCCCCCCCCCAUAACAACUCCAUAAUAAUGAAGUGCUGUUGCUGAAGCAGAUUUGAAUGGAUCAAAGGAGAAAGCAAUGGGGGAAUCUGCUCUCCUGAUUUCUGAGUCAUCAGAUGUAACCUGAUCUGGAAUUUCAUUUUUCACGAAAGAGAAAGUGACUUACACUGCUCCGUGUUGCAGCUUUUUCUCUCUCUCCUGAAGACCGUUUGGUCACAUAAUUGAAUAUCAGUUUUGUUCUCCAGGAUGUAGCUCGGAUUUAUCGAGGACUUUGGGAGAAAUGACUGUUAGCUAAAAGAGUCCUUCCUUAAUUUAUUUUUGUCUUUCCCCCCACCGCUGCAUGAUGACAUUGCAGAAGCUCUAGUGCAGUUCACGCACCAGGAGAGGCUGCUCCAAGCCAUUGGGCCUGCUGUCAAGGAAACAGGAGCGGGUUUAGGCCUCCAUCCACUCUGAACAACAGCAACCCCUGAUUGCACAACUAACUGAAGUAACUGGGUGCGUGUGGCCUAUUUGGAAACGCUGUCCCUGUCUGUGUUGAUGUGGCGAAAACAGAAGUACAUUUGUGAACUUGCCCGUGAUAAAUGCUCAAAUGUGGACUGAAAUGAACUCCGUGUUGAAAGUGAGAUAACUGCAGAAUAUCUAUUUUUAAUAAGUUUCCCCUCCUUUGGUGGCUUAUGGGGAUUCUGAAGCAGGAGUGUUUCUAGUCCCUAACUUACACCCUGUGCCACCAGAUUAAAGAAACAAAUUGGGCAUGUUUGGAGAAGCCAUUCCUCACUAACUCAGCUCAGCUGUUGGGUGGUUUGGUAAAGGACUC